AUGUAAUCAGAAGAAGCAAUUGUAUCGUCCAAGUUGAUGAAACGAACAAGUACUCAUGUAAAUUCCAAGGAUACGAAUUAAUCCUAGAGAAACACCUAGAAUUUCAAUUAGAGUCAAUAUGAAGAACCUUAAAAUGUUUUGUAGAUGCUAAGAUAAUAAAGCAUAUAGAAUUAAACUAUUAUCAAAACAAAGCAGCCUAAAUAAUCAGAUGAUAACUCUUAUAAAUAGAUCCCAUUACUUUCAAAAACUAUAUCAAUCUCUCAAAGAAAAUCUACAACUGGUCUUGAAGAAUAAAGUCCUUAUCUUAGAAAUGAAAGAUACAAUUCCAACAUCGAAGAAUAAAUUAAAGCAAUGGAAAAGUAGAGACAAUAAGAGGAUUAGAGCCCUGAUAGAGACUUUAGCAGUCUAUCUCAGAAGUUAAAAAUAUCAUCUGCCAGAUGCUACAAUGAUAUGACCUGUAAUUGGGGGAAGCACUCAGCUGAGAGAUUAAUUACUAUGCUAAAGAAAGUCAACCAUAGUGUCCAUGAAAGCCAGCCUAGCUAGGAAGAAUUUGAUGGUUAAAUAACUGGUAAAAAUAUAGCUUCUCCAAAAAUUUCAAAUUUAAUCAAAGACAGCAGCAAUUAUAUCAUAGAUGGUAAAGAUUAUAAUAGUAAAAGAUAAUCUCAGAGAAGUUUAGGCACAACAAGUCAAAGGAAAAAUCUUAAAUUGCAGAGAGAAAUUCCAGAUACUCAGCCUUUCCUUAGGAAAGAUAUUUCUCAAGGAGUAUUUAUUAAUAAAGAAAUUAUCAGCUCAAAUUACUCUUACGAGUAAAAUCAAUGGACUAACUAAACUGACGUAACACCUUUUGUAAAAAUGCUAGAUAAGAAUAUGAUAUAGUGGGAAAGAAAAAAAUAAGUCCUAAACAAAAUGUAUGAGCAAGACAAAAAGUAUAAUGAUUACAAAUUUUAGAAAUAAUACUUCUCUCCUCCAAAAGAGUUAAUAGUUAGGAAUGAAUCCUAUAAUUCUAACUUAAAUAAAUAAUCUCAAAGAUAAUAGAAUAAUAGAAAUGCUGGGCAUGUAUUCAUAAAUAAGAGUGCAUUUUAAAACUAUAAGAAACUAGUUAAUAUGGCUAAUUAUUAGGCUGAAGUCAGAACAUCACAUCUUUGA